GCCUUUAAAAUCUAACUUAUGAAGAGCAUUUCAGUUUAUUCCAGCAAAUUCGCGAAUUUACACGUAUUUUUCCAAUCAAAUAAAGAUUUUUCUCCAAUAAAUUGGUGCAAAAUGCACAUUUCAAUGAAGUUUUCUAUUAGCCUGCUGUUGUUGUUGUGCUGCGGCAUCUAUCAGGCGUACGCCAGCUUUGGCGCCGAGGCGGCACCUAUCAACGCCACCGAUGGUGAUUGCAUUUGUGGCCGUCAGUAUUCGCCAGUCUGCGGCUCCGAUUCGAAAACCUAUAGCAAUCGCUGCAUGUAUGAGUGUGCGCGCAAGAAGUUGAGCGCCAUGGGCCGCAGUCUGGAGCUGGUGCGCUCGGGUGUUUGUGCGGGCGAGCCGCUGCGUAGGAAGCAUGUGGUCGCUGCUGCACCACUUGUGGCAGCCGUGGCUGAGGAGGAUAAGGACCUGGAGUCGUGCAUCUGCGAUCGCAGCUUAGUACCGGUUUGCGGCUCAGACAAUCGCACCUACAACAAUCGCUGUCUCUUCGAAUGCAAGCGCUCCAUUCUGGCUCGUGUCGGUAAGGUGCUGACAAUCCUGCGCCAGGGCGUGUGUGAGUUUUGAUGCUGAAUGUUAAAAGUUUACAGCAGUUUGAUGAAUAAAAUAUGUUAAAGAAAGCAU